AUCGAUAUGUCCAAUCGGGUAGCGGUGGUAGGCGGGGUUAGGGUCCUGUGGUAUCAGAUUGCUUUCACUGUAGGGUGAAAAAUUCUGGGCCCCCGUUUAAAAUAUAGAAAUAUGUUUUAAAUCCGGGAUCGCUUAUCGGAGAAAAAGGGACGAGAUAAAAGUAACGAAAACGAAAGAGCGAUCGAUUAGAAUCCGAUAUCGGGUUUCGAUAUCGAUAUCGGAGGGUCGCUAAAACUAAUAUUCUCGCAGGGGCUGAAUUAUUCAAACCCUAGUCAUCGUCAAUUGUGAUCUUCAUCAUCACGGAGAAAUAAUACAUUAAAAAAACGAUUACUGUAGCGAUUUUUUUUUUCUCAAGUAAGGAGAUGCAAUUCUCUGAAGACAGCUGUGCCCAACUAGAAGAUGAACUUCUCUUUUGUGAAUCCUGCCGGUUGUAUUUUCGGGACUCCUGCCCUCACCACGGCGCCCCCACCUUCGUGAGCGACUCCCCUGUCCCGUCCGAUCGAACCUCGUCCCGGGCCGUCCUCUCGCUCCCCGAGGGGCUGGUGGUCCAAGAGAGGGGCCAGGGGGCGGGGUGUGGGGCCAGCAGCGUGGGGGUGUGGACCUCGAUGACAUCACUGCCCCUCGGCUGGAUAUUUGGCCCCUACGAGGGAGAGAUCCUAUUGGACAAGCAGGACUGUACUGUGUACUCCUGGGCUAUUAAAGAGAACGGAUCUUAUUUCUACAUCGACGCCUCGGAUGAAUCGAAAUCUAAUUGGAUGAGGUAUGUUUCCUGUGCCUCUAAUGAAGAGGAGCACAACCUCACAGUGUUUCAGCUCCGUGGUCGGAUUUAUUACCGGGUCUCUCAGCCCAUCGAGGUGGGGAGUGAGCUGCUGGUGUGGAUCGGAGAGGAAUACGCUCGCAUACUGGGGCUCAACCUGGGCCAGCAUUUCAAAUACGAAUUCGGUGAGAAGGAGCUGCUGAUGAAACUCUUUCAAGACCUGCAAGUGAAGCCCCUCCCCCCUCCCCCUCCCCCUCUCACCGCCGCCCCCAAGACCCAGCCCCCCCCCAGCAGCCCCCCCGACCACACCCCCAACCAGUACAGCAAAAUGGUUUCCACCAUCAUCCAAGCGCAGAAAGCCAGCUACCAAACCGGCAACGCCACUGAGGUCAACGCAACAGGGGGCAACGCGGGGUACCCCUUUUUAGAAGGCACCCAGAAUUUGGUCAGCCUGGGUCGAGCCCAGAGCCGGUACUGGACCUUUUUCGGGUUUCGGGGCGACUCGUACGGGCGGAUCAUGGACAAAACGAAGAUCAUCUGCAAGCUGUGUGCGGUCCUGCUGUCUUACAGCGGGAACACCACCAAUCUGCGACAGCAUCUGAUCUACAAGCACCGGGCUGAGUAUAACCAGCUCGUGGGGGCCCAAUCUGCCUUGCCCCCCCCUCCCAAAAAGCCCUCGGACCCCCCUCUCCCGCCCCCGGCCUCCGUCCCGAACGGGACGCCUCCCAAACCCGCGGGCUUGAACCGUGUGACCCGAGCAGUGGCAGAGUUUCUGGUGCGGGACCUCCUGCCUCCGGAGACGGUCCAAGGGGAGGGUUUCCUGCUGAUGAUGUCAGCGCUGGACCCCGCCUACCAGGUCCCCCGACCCCGCGGUCUCCUGCGGGAGGCGCACUCGCGCGCCCGCCUGGGGCAGCUCCGCGAUCUGGAGGCGGGUUCCGCGGGGGGUUGCGCCCUGAGCUUGGAUUUCUGGGAGCACCGAGAGGGCGGUUCUUACCUGACCCUGCUGGCUCACUUCGUGGACGACUCCUUCCGCUUCCACAACCUGGUCCUGUGCUCGCGCCCGUCCGGCCGCGGGGCCCGGCUCAGGGAGAGGGCCGGGGAGUGGGGGGUGGGGAGCCCCAGUUUCGUGGUGCACGGUUCUGGUGUGAGAGUCGCCCCGUUGUCGGUGUUGCCUGUCGGGUGGCGUGGGGUGCCCUGUGCGGGGCAGGUGUUCAGGGGGUGCGUGGAGGGGGUCCUGGCCCGGGAGGACGUCUCCAGGGCGAUGAGGAGGGCGAGGGUCAUGGCUCAGCGGCUGCUCUCGUCUCCCGUCGAAGCCACGCGGUUCAGAGGGAGGGAGCCUUUCCUGAGGGGGAAGCUGAGGUCUCUCUCUCUCGAGGGCGCUCAGUGGCACAGCAUCCAGGCUCUCGCUCAGUGCCUCUCGGAGCACCGGCUCCUGCUGUCCAGCCUGAGGGAGGUAGGGGGCGCCGGCGAGCAGCAGCAGAAGGAAGAGGAGGAGGAGGAGGAGGAGGAGGAGGAGGAGGAGGGGGGCUGUGGCUUGGAUUCCCAGGACUGGGACCUCCUGCGUGACCUGGGGGACGUCCUGAAGCCCCUGGCGGUCGCUUCGGCCACACUGGCAGCUGACCGCUUCUCCAGCCUGUCCCUGGUCAAGCCCCUGCUGACCAGCCUGGUCUACAAACACCUGGCCCCGGCCGACUCGGACUCCCAGUUCACCUCAGAGGUGAAAGCCUCUCUCCGGGAGGGGCUGGCCGGCUCCUACAGCGACCCCCAGGUCAACCAGACCCUGAACCUGGCCUGCGCCCUCGACCCCAGGUUCAGGGGGCUGGAUUUCCUCAGCCAGGCGGACCGAGUGGAGACCUUUCACCUCCUGAAGAGAGAGGCGUCCCAGCUGGCAGAGGGUCCGGACGGCGCGGCCCUGUCCUGCCCGAAGGAACGAGACGGGGGAGGAGAAAUCCGGGACAGGAGGUCGGAGACGGACCCCCCGCCGGCUCCGAAAAAAGCCAAGCCCUCCGGCUCCGGGAUCGAGUUUCUCCUCGGGGAUCUGUGCAGCGUCCGGAGCAGCUCGGCGGGCUCAGCGCGCCAGCAAGCCGAGCAGGAGAUCGGCAGUUUUCAGACCAGCGAGGCUUCCUCCCUCUGCCAGGAGCCUCUGAACUGGUGGAAAGUCCAUCGGUCCCAGUAUCCCUUGCUGGCCAGGGCGGCAAGGAAGUUCCUGGCCGUCCCAGCGACCGCCGUCCCAGCGGAUUGGGUGUUCACGGACAAAGGGGGCGGGGUCUACCGGAAGAGGGCGGGGCUGUCUCCAGAAGACGUCGACUUGAUGGUUUUCCUGCACGGCAACAAUUAUGUCGAAUUUCAUGGCGAUAGUAAUAAUAAUAAUAAUAAUAAUAAUAAUAAUACUGUUAAUAAUGUCAAUAGCACCAAGAAGGACUGAAAUGAACUUUUAAAAUCCAUUCUCUCGCCUCUUAUUAGCUUUAUUAACAGGAUCACUGACCCCUCCCUUUAAAGGAGCGCUGACCAUCUUUAAAAUCCAUUCUCUCACCUCUUAUCAGCUUUAUUAACAGGAUCGCUGACCCCUCCCUUUAAAGGAGCGCUGACCAUCUUUAAAAUCCAUUCUCUCACCUCUUAUCAGCUUUAUUAACAGGAUCGCCGGCCCCUCCCUUUAAAGGAGCGCUGACCAUCUUUAAAAUCCAUUCUCUCACCUCUUAUUAGCUUUAUUAACAGGAUCACUGUCCCCUCCCUUUAAAGGAGCACUGACCAUCUUUCAAAUCCAUUCUCUCACCUCUUAUUAGCUUUAUUAUCAGGAUCACUGGCCCCUCCCUUUAAAGGAGCGCUGACCAUCUUUAAAAUCCAUUCUCUCACCUCUUAUUAGCUUUAUUAACAGGAUCACUGGCCCCUCCCUUUAAAGGAGCGCUGACCAUCUUUAAAAUCCAUUCUCUCACCUCUUAUUAGCUUUAUUAACAGGAUCACCGGCCCCUCCCUUUAAAGGAGCGCUGACCAUCUUUAAAAUCCAUUCUCUCACCUCUUAUUAGCUUUAUUAACAGGAUCACUGGCCCCUCCCUUUAAAGGAGCGCUGACCAUCUUUAAAAUCCAUUCUCUCACCUCUUAUUAGCUUUAUUAACAGGAUCACUGGCCCCUCCCUUUAAAGGAGCGCUGACCAUCUUUAAAAUCCAUUCUCUCACCUCUUAUUAGCUUUAUUAACAGGAUCACCGGCCCCUCCCUUUAAAGGAGCGCUGACCAUCUUUAAAAUCCAUUCUCUCACCUCUUAUCAGCUUUCUUAACACUGUUAAAUAUCUAGAGAGAGAGAAAUAGAUGGAUGAUGAGUCUAUAAUUCCACCGAGGGGUUCUGGUGACCCGGUAAACCACGAGAGCAGUGCUGUUAUAAGCGGAAGGACUGUCCGUACCAUGUCUCUGUAAAUAUAAACUCUAAUGUACAGAAAAGGAUGUAUUGAUUGAAAAAAAAAGUGCUUUCAUCCUAUUUAUAAAAAAUAAUAAAAAUAUAUACAAACACAUUUUAAA